AUGUCCAACACUGAUCGAACAGGAUUGAACUCGUUGCCCGAUGAAAUCAAGUCUCAAAUCUUGACGUAUCUCAUGCUCCCUCCACCGUCGUGGAACUGGCAGAAGAAUACGCUUGACAUCAGUUUAACCCGCUCGUCUGACUUGACAGAUAGACCUCUGAAAUCCUUGAUAUGCGUGUCCAAGACCUGGUAUCGACUGGUCUCACCGCUACUGUACUCGCACCUGCAAAUUCGACUCCAGACUCUUACAAAUCAGGCCGAGCCAUUGCUUGCACCAAAGAUCAAGAUCAUCACCCAAAGUUUCAAAGAAUGGCUAUUCCGAGACGCUGGCUACCCACACGAUAUCCGGUUGCCGUACCGACAUGUUUGGCAGAGCGAACCAACGCCCAAAGCUGCGAUGUGGACGACAACAUUGAACGAACAACUGUCCAGCUUGAUAACUUUUCUCUAUUCGCAAGCCAAUUGCAGCGCUGGUGAUGGCGUGCAGUCUCUAACUAUAAUCGCCACUGAAGAACUCAACGACGUCAAUCUAGACUAUAUACGUGAUGAGAUGCAUUGCUUGAUUGCUACAGCCGCUUUCUGGAACCUGCUGUUCGAGAAGCUUGAUCCUGCGAGGAUAACAAUCCUAGCGCCUCCGAGCACACUUGCUUGUCUGACCAGCUGCAGUAUGAACAUGAUGGAUGCAUGGGCGUUUCCAGGCAUGGCUAUGCAGUUGGUCUCGUUCUGGAGAGAGCCCAGGCCUGUCGAAGUCGCCGAUCACUGCCGCUCGCCAACUCAAAGUGAUUACGAUAUGAUGCAACCAGUCGAACUCAUCCUGGAGCCGAACGAGUACGGCAGACCCGCCCCGUCAAGUCCAAUCUACAUAAGACCUUGGACCCACCUGGCUGUCAACGAAGGGUCAUUCCUCGAAGCUUACUCGACGUACGAGUAUUUUCACAAAAACCCUCCCGGUAUAUUGGCAGCAGUAGGUAGAGCAUUCAGGCUCGAGAUGGACAUGUGGUCAGUGGAAUACAAGGCAGUCUUCCCUUUCAGCAAUCAUAUUGGCCCACCACUUGACCGUAUCACAUACAAGGGCAACUCAUCGAACGUACGGAGACUGUGCGUCAAGUUAGCACCCGACCCGGAUGACAAAAUCCUGGAUGACCCGGCCCAAGUUGGCAAGGCAGACAUAGCCGAUUGCUGGCGCGAAGUUGAGACGACUUACAGAUUUCUCACUGAUCCUGCGCUCAGGGGCGAACCAGACUUUGCACAACCUGGGCCUGCCGGAGAGCUUGAGAUGUUUGGCUUCGGUGACAGUAGUAUCACUUCGAUCAGAGAGACUGUCAGCGACUCACUAGCCACUGCUGGAUGGCAAGAGGUGACUGAAAACGAGUGGCACAGCUCUGGACUCGUAUCACGUUUGAGGCCGUCAGUGACUGGCGAGAUGGGUAUAGUAGAGAGACUGGAGACUACGUAG